AUGGCCCCCGUCCACCCAGCAACGAGCACGACGGGCUUCUUCCAGCCCGAGCCCGUCGUGGCCAACCAGUGGACUGAGGACCGCGCGCUGCGCCGGUCCGCCGAGCUGUUCCUCUCCCCAGCAGACCUGUACCGCGCGGCACCGUUACUAGACGACCUGGGCCGGCGCGUCCUGUCGCGCGACGUCAUGGCCGCGUUCGUCAACGCCGAGACGAACCCGCCGCACAUCUCGGGCGACGGCUUCAGCACGUUUGGCAAGCCCAAGGGCGCCGACGCGCUCGUCACCAGCGCCGGGUGGAAGUACCUGCAGGAAUUUGGCUGGCGCGAGGGCAUUGUGGCGACGGGCAACGAGGCCGAGUUUGGGGCCGCGGCGCGCGUGGUCCAGGCGUACAAGGUCCACCUGUUCGCGGCCAGCUCGGCCAUGGUGGUGUGUCCGUCUGGCAUGCAGGACGGGGCCAUUACGUGUCUGCGCCGCGAGCUGGCGACGCUCGAGUCGGCGCAGCAGUACUCUGCCCAGGAGAAACGGGUGCGCAAGCAGGUGUUUGAGAGCGCGCUGGGGCACCUCAUGAACCGCAACCCCGAGCUCGCAUGGUCGUCUGGCCAGUGGAUGACGGAGCGUGUGGGCGGCUCGGACGUGCGCGGCACCGAGACGUUUGCCGAGCGUGCGGGUCCCACCGAUGCCACUGACAUUGACGGCCUCCCCCUCGGUCCGUGGACCAUCAGCGGCUUCAAGUUCUUCUCGUCCGCCACCGACUGUGGGUGCUCGAUCAUCCUCGCAUACACGCCCAAGGGCCUGAGCUGCUUCUUUGCGCCGACCCGCAGGGUCGAGGCCGGGACCGUGGUCAUGAACGGCAUCAAGAUCCAGCGGCUCAAGAACAAGCUCGGGACACACGCCCUGCCGACCGCCGAGCUCGAGCUCGAGGGCAUGCGCGCGCACCUGCUCGGCGAGGAAGGCCGCGGCGUCAGUGUCAUUGCCAACGUCCUGAACGUUGCGCGCUUCCACAACUCGGCGCGCGCAGUGGGCUACCUCGGCCGCGGGCUCGGGGUCGCGCGCGCCUUCUCGCGCGUGCGCCGCUUCCCAUCGCGCAAACCCGGCGACGACCUGUUACGCUCCAUCCCGCUGUUUGCGCGCACGCUCUCGAUGGUGACGCUCCGCCACCGCGCCGACACGCUGCUCGCAGGCUUCCUCGCCAGUCUGCUGGGGACGGUCAACACGGGGUCCUCGCCCAACGCCGUGGUCCCCGGCGAUGCCGGCCAGGCGGCCCUCCUCCUCCGCCUCCUGACGUCCGUGUGCAAGGCCUACAUCACCAAACACAGUGUCGCCGGCCUGCAAGAGUGCAUGGAGGCCCUGGGCGGGAUCGGAUACCUCGAGAACAACGAGACGCCCGCCAUCAACGUCGCGUGCAUGUUCCGCGACGCCAACGUGUUCUGUAUCUGGGAGGGCACCACCGACGUCCUGUCCACCGACACGGUCAAGGUCCUGCGCGGGCGGCAAGGGCCCGCAUGCACCGCCGCGCUCGAUACCUGGCUCGUACGCAAGCUCGGCAGCGGCGGCGCGUACGGGACCAAGCAAGGUGCCGGUCUGCCCGUGGAGCGCGCGGCCGUCAAGGCCGCGUGGAAGCGCUUCCAGGCCCUGCCGGGCGACAUGGACGACAUGCUGCCCAUGGCGCGCGACGUCGUCAAGCGCGUAGGCGACAUUGUGUGUGCCGCGCUCCUCAUCAUCGACGCCGAGCGCGACGAGGACCCCGUGGCGGUCGAGUGUGCGCGCCGCUUCGUCGCGGUGGAGAUGGUUGGGUCGGACGUGCGCGAGCAGACCCAAAGGGAGAUUACACACUGGGACAGGCGGAUCGCGUUCGAGGGCGACGAGGUGGCGGUGGCCAAGCUGUAA